AUGGUCAGAGUGGAGAAGACUGGAACAAUUGCAGAUCUGAUAGUGGAAUACAGUAAUGAAUUACCAAAGUUUCUCAUCCACAGCUUUGUGAAACGUGAGCAGAGCAAGAUAUUUGAGGAGACAAAAGCUGAUGCCAAAAAUAAUGAGACUGUUGCUGAACUACAAGUUGACUUUGCCGAGAACUUUGCAGCAGUGUUGCAAGAUGACAUACAGAGUGCCCAUUGGCACCAAAAGCAGGUGACUGUUUUCACCGGAAAGUCUUGGGGUUAUGAAGAGGACCAGGCAUUUGCACUCAUCUCUGACAGCCUUGACCAUGAUAACAUCACUGGGGAUGGUAAGAUAGCCUUCAAACCAUAUUCCAUGGCAUCAAAUGAAAUGAUAAGGCUGAAGCAAAUGGUCACUGCAGAAGAGCAGCUUAUUCUUCACCAUCCUGCAGUGACAGCAAGUUCAGAAGCCAGUGACCAGCAGCAAGAUGCAUCCACAGACCAGCAAAAUGAAGCUCAAGGAGCCCAACAAGAUGCACCAACAGAACUGCAAAGUGGAACUGCAAGUACCCAGGGAGAAGCAACAGAACUGCAAAUGGAGGCAGAAAACCAGCAGCAAGCUAGAAGAGACCAGGAGCAGAAGGCUGAUGAUGGGGAUGACAACUCUGAUGGAGUCGGAAUGGAAGCAAACAUCAACACGGAUAUAGAUGUUCAAGAUUUUGUGGCUGUGCGUGCAAAAGGGACCAGUAAAAAGGUAUCAGACCAGUUGUUUGUUGCAAAGGUUUUCUCCAAGCCCGAGGGACAGUAUGGUGUUUCAUACAUGAUAAAGCAGAAAAAUCUUUACACUUGGCCAGCAGGAGAAGAACAGAUCUUUGUUCACCCGAAAGAAGACAUCAUUGCAGAAUUGGACACACCCAAAAUUGUCAUGAUAGGAAGCUGGCUUCUCUUUGAUGUCGAUAUCAAGAAGGCUGAAUUGGCAUUUCAUGGAGUUAAAAUCAAAAUCAGAUUAAAAAUCAAAACAUUGUAA